UAUGUUUCCAAUAUUAUUGAGUCUCUUCACUAUCUCUUGGUGUAGCAUUGAGGAAACCAAAGAAAUCAUGCAAGAUUGGGAUAAAUAUAUGAGAGGCUUUCUACCUGAUGAUAUGAUCUCAUUCUAAAUUGAAAAAGGAGGCGAGGAGAUAUUUAUUGAGACAAUUAAGAAAACUCCCACUAACAUAAGAGGCACCUUCUUUAUUCCUAUAUACACUAUGGACACUAUAGAUUUUAAGGUUAUUGAUCCUUCUGGUUCAAUGAUUUAUGCAAAAAUGAUGAAAAAAGAAGCAGUGUUUAAUUUCAAUGCCACUGAAAAAGGAGAUUAUCAAUUGAUAUUUCAAAAUAAAAGAGCAAAAGAGGCUAAAGUUGUUCAAUUUGCUAUUGAUGUUGCCAAAUCUGAUAAAGGUAUAUAUAUUAUUGAUAUCGUUUUUUUUUAGAGGAAAUCGAAUAGAAUGAUAUAGAUCCUAUUGAAGAUGGUGUAUAAGGAGUACUACAGAAAAUAAGAGAUGUUUUCUAUAGCACAAAAUUGAAUGAAUUAAAAUCUAAAGGAGCUUUGGCUGAUGUAUAAAAGAUAAAUAAAUAAUUGAUGGUUUUGACAUUUAUAGAAACUGUUGCUAUUUGUGGAGUGACAGCAUGGUAAGUAUAUUACAUAAAGAAAUUACUCAAUGAUAGAAGAUUAGUGUGA